CGUCAUAUGUUCCUUGCGGUGAAAUAGGCGACAACGUUUUCUCGUGCACCACGAAGGAGCAGGUGUCUUGUGUGCGGGAACGUGUGUGAUUACCUCCGGACCGCGGAACUCUGAGGAGACUCCCGAAGUGCUCGUGAAACUCGAUCAAAUCUGCGGAGUACUUCGUUUGAACGAGGAACACGAGAGCCUGCUGUGAAACGUGGUCGCCCCGAGGCUUCGAAGCAGAAGGUGGCGUUCCAUAAGUGCUCCCAAACAUCGGUCUCGCCACAACCUGUUCUCAAAACGAGUGAUCAUUCGCUAGUUUUCGGACUCAUUACCACAUCUGGAGCCGCAGGUUCGGCGGAACUUGAGAUGUAGCCAGUUCAGUUCGUCUUUGUGGAGCUUUCCUCACCGAAAUCAGCUCCAAAAGAUCAGAGGCCAAGCUCAUCCCUUGUGAUCUGGUGCCAUCGGAAAUAUUCCGCAUCGAGUUGUGACAUAAUCAAGAGAGGACAUUCCUUCGAAGAACUCCAAGAUGCCCAUAGGUGGCGUCGUGAAACUCGCGGAGAAGGACCGGAAGGAGUUGGAUCGUUUCGUCAAGAAUUUUGUUUCGAAGUGCGUUCAAGUUAUUCUGCAGAGUCGUUAUGACGAGCCGGAGAGGACACCAUGUAAAACGAGAGGAUCUCCGUCCGACUGGUUUCACUUGAACAUACAGGACGUCGCGGAAUUCAGCGAACAGUUGAAAACCGCCUUGAAUCCGCUACCACAGAAAACACUCAGCCUCGGAACGUCGAUAUGUAUCGACUUGAGUCUGUAUACGAAAGACAAGGAAAAAUUCGUGCUGGAAACUUGGGAAUUAUCUCUCAUGCCAGACACAGACGCGUCAGCGAAGAGCACCUACGAAGUCUAUUGCCGAAUGGCGGUCUUGCUGAAGAGCUUGAUCGCAGUGAGUAGAGUUGUACCUGCCUACCGCUUGGCGUUGUCUCAAAACGAGGACUUCUACCGGCUACAUUACCAAAUCUACAUCGGACCGGGAAAUGAUGAUGUUUGCGGUGAGAACUCGAAGCUGCUCAACAUCGGAAACGUGGGCAUGCUCCACGGAACAGUGAACUUGUCAGUGCGAUAUCGGACGAAGUUGUUGAUGACGAAUAAGGAAAAACAAAAGAAGGAGCGGAAUUUGGUGCUGAAAUCGAACUAUUUCGGGAAAACCGAUUCUGAGGUCAACAAAGAGGGCCCGCGGGACAUCCACGGCAAUGAGUUCACGUUAGACUAUCCGAUCAGCACGCAGAAAAACCGUCAGAAUAAGGCGCUCAAUGCCGCUUCCCCCUACGGAGCUUUCGCUUCACACGUGCCCCCCAAGCCCGAAGCAGUUCCUGAAGAUCUUUGUGAUAUGUUCUGCACGUUGCUCCUCGAACCGGACGAGACAAUACCUGUUGACGUGCCGCCGGAGUCUGAAGAAUCGGACAAAGAAGACGAUAAAUACGACCUUUGGGACAACACAAGGUCUGGGGAGGAGGAGACCAACAACCCAUUCGAGCAAUUCGUUUACGUCGAUCUGAAACCCGCUUUCGCUGAACACUCGUCGGAUAUCGGCAUGUUCUUCAUGCACGCACCGCCGACACUGAAGUCUUUGCAGGAGACCACCGGCGCUGCUUCCAACGGAACGAAUGAAGAACACCAAAACGGUGACUCAUCAGAAACUCUUGUCAAGCAGGUGGAACAGAUGAACGCCGAGAUAAAAUUCCAAGAGCUUGAUCAGUUCAUCCAGGAGGUUUGCGGAACUGAAAGUUGAAGGGAACGUCCCUUUGGAGGGGACGCG